UAAUGGGAAUAUAGAUCAAGAUUGAAGCCAAAACUUGGAGCAGAGAGGGGGGGGAUUUUUUCUCUCUAUUUGAAGGCUGCGGAGUGUGGUAGAGUUAUCACUCGUCACGCUCACGCGGACAAACUCAGUUUGAUCAUCUCCAUCAACAUUUUUCCAGAUUCACUCUCCAACAAAUAAAAAAAAUAUCCCUUUACCCUAUUUUCUCGAAUCUUGUUUGCUAUCUCCUGAGUCCGGUUAAAUCCGUGCCUCUUUUAAUUCCUCCGUCGACUAGGCAACUUCCCAACUUCAAUCUCACACUUAUCCAUCACACCCCAUGUAACAACUUUCUGUCUCUCUUUGAGCUUUUUCUUCAAACACACAACAACAACUUUCUGGAAUUAGUUAGCUAGUUCUACUCACAAAAAGGGCUUCAUUUAUUAGUAUUUUGGUCGGUUCUAUAUCCUUCCUUUUCUUAUUUUGUCUUCUUUCCAUUUCCCUCCUCACUUGUUCUGAGAUCUUGACAAAAAAAAAAAAAAGUGUUUGAAAACUGAAGUCCCUUUUAGGAAUAGGAGAAUGCAGGAUCCAACGUUGUUCCAACCCAUGAAACCCCACUUUCCCGAACAGGAACAACUUAAAUGCCCGCGCUGUGACUCCACCAACACCAAGUUCUGCUACUACAACAACUACAACCUCUCGCAGCCACGCCAUUUUUGCAAGAACUGCAGAAGGUAUUGGACCAAAGGUGGCGCCUUGAGAAACAUCCCCGUUGGUGGUGGAAGCAGAAAGAACACAAAGCGAUCAUCUUCAUCCAACAACAACACCAAACACGCUUCUCCAUCACCCCCAGUUUCUUCUGCACCCGCUCCAGAAAUCGACCCGACCCGAACUGACCCCAACCCGGUUGGUGGUGGUGGGUCUUUCCGUUCCCUUUUGGCAUCGAGUGGCCAUUUGGGCCUAGGGAACCUCUUGGAGGGUCUGAAUUCAAGUGGGUCUAAUCUCAAAAGUGUGCAAAUGGAAGAGUUUGGGGAGAAUGUUAGUUCGGGUACUCCAGUGGCGGUUCCGGGUUCGGGUCAGAAUCCCGGGUUGGAGAUGCAAAGCAAUGGGAAUGCUGAGAGUUUUCUGAGUUUGCAAAAUGGUGAUUCAGGCUGUUGUAAUGGUACUAAUGGCUGGUCUAACCUUGCUAUUUUCACUCCUGGGUCAAGCUAUCAGUAAUGACAAAUUAAUGAAUAUGAUUACCCUGAUCUGUAUAUUUAGACAUGUUGUGAAAAUAGUUAUAUAUAUAAUUAUAUUACUGGCUUAAGUUUAAGCAUAUAUGUCGUGCUAUUAUGGAGGAUUACAAACCAGAAGGCCACUGCAAUAGGAUCACUAGGUAAAUUAAGUUUCUUUUCUUUUGGAUUUUUAUUUUUAUGUUUUGUGGUUGGUGUUCUUCACUUAUAUCAAUGAUGCAAGAGAAAUGGAAAGCAAGUCAUUUUUUAGGACAGGGUAUGGGGAGAUAUGAAUGUUAUUGUAGUGAGAUUGUUUUCAGUCUCAUCACGUACAGGAAGUGUUGCCAUGGCUUGGAGAUUCUAAUUUAUUUAAUCUAUCUAUAUACGAGUAUUUUACACGCGCAA